AUGAGCGAUAGUUUAAUAAAAGCAAAUACUUUAAUGGCUCUUGGUGAAUACAACAGUGCUAUACAAUAUUACAAAGCAUAUAUGGACGAAGAACCACAUAUUCCAUUAAGCAAAGAAGUAUUAAAACUGUUAUCGGUAGCCUACAACAAAUUGUCGAAUGAUAAUCGUUAUUAUAUACGUGAGCUAGAAGCAUACUUGGAAUCGCUCCAAGGCGGCGAUCAAGAGCGCACCGAAGUCAUCACCUCGUUGUUGGAUGAGAUUAGGAACGAUUUAAUUGCCAUUUGUACCGAAGUUAUUAACAUUAUAGAUAACAAUUUACUCAAAAACGUAAAAGAAAUACGAGAAAAAGUGUUGAUUUAUAACAUGAAAGGCGUUUACUAUCGGUACAUGUGGGAAGUAAAUAAAAGCGAUGCAAUUUGCAAAGAAGCGACUCUAGCAUAUCAAGAAGCUUUGAGUAUAUGCCAAUGGAAUUUUGAACCGACAAACCCAUACUUAUUGCAAGUCGCAUUAAACUUCACGACACACCUAAACAAUGCUAAUUAUACCGACAUAGCUAUAAAUAUUUUAAAUAGAGUUAUUCAAAACAUACACACAGAGGAUCUUCAAAAUUAUGACUCCCUUAAAAAAUCAUAUGUUGAGUUAAUUUUGAAAUACUUAAAUGAAACUUUAAUUCGAUUUCAGAAUAUUUUUAACCAAAAAUUAAAACAAAUAAUUGAACUAAUAGAAGAAUCUGAAAUUAAUUAUCAUCUUCCUGAAGAGGUAUCGGACAAUAUAAUCACAAGACGACUGGGCUGA